AUGAAUCUGCCAAUAACGGAGCACAUGCGAAACAGGAAAACUCUUCAGCAAAUACAAGUUGUUUAUACAUGUGGCGUUUGCAAUAUAAUUGUCGAAAUUAUAGAAACUCAUUCAUGUAUAGAAUCUUACGGGAAAAUAUAUCUCGAUGAUAAUAAUUACUUCUAUCCGAUGACAGAUACUGGAGCUAUCAUUCGUCGAAGUUUAUUAAAUGAUGGAACUGAAGCGGUAGUUGAAGAUGUUGAUAAAGAAAAUCAAAAUCCUAACGUAUCCGGAAAAAAGAACUCCUUAAAAAAAGCAAUACCAUCAAAAUCUCCUAAGCGACCGGUUUCUACGAAACGAAGCGAAAAGUUAGACGAUAUUGACAUUGAGCUUCUCAUUCUUGAGGUUGAGAAGAGAAUCCCAUUGUGGAACUUCACAAUCCCGAUCGAACAACGAAGUAGAGAAACGGUCUCCAAUUUGUGGGAAGAAGUUUCGACAGCACUCAAUGGUAUACAAAAUAUCAAAAAUUUUAUAUUAGGAAAAAUUAGUGGCCCGGAUGCUAAAAAAAAGUUUAAAAGCUUGAGAGAUGUAUACCGACGAAUUGUUCAUGCUGAACAACUACCAAGUGGCUCUGGACGCGUUAACCAAAAAGAGAAAUGGAAAUUUUACGCCCAAAUGGAAUUUCUACGGGAUACUUGCCUUGUUCGACCAACAAGUAGUAAUGUCAGCCGAGUUGUCGAAGGGGAGCAUGACGAAAAUGAAUGUGAUCAAUCGAUCGAUUUAAGUGAAAUCAUCGAGGAACAAGUCAAUGAAGAGAGCAGUCAAACGUUUGAUGUUCAGCCAAAUAAAAAACCAAAGAGACGUUCUACAAAAGAUGAUGAUACGAUUAUCAUACUUAAUCGUAUUGCCGAUGCUAUUGCCAAAGAAGAACCAGCCCCUGUAUUACCUCAAGCUCCACAAAUAGAUGUGGACGGUUUUUUGAUAGGAAUUGGAACUGCUCCUUCAGCAUUGAAGAAAUCGCAAAAUUCAUUUCGAAUUCAAAUACAAGUUGUUUAUACAUGUGGCGUUUGCAAUAUAAUUGUCGAGAUUAUAGAAACUCAUUCAUGUAUAGAAUCUUACGGGAAAAUAUAUCUCGAUGAUAAUAAUUACUUCUAUCCGAUGACAGAUACUGGAGCUAUCAUUCGUCGAAGUUUAUUAAAUGAUGGAACUGAAGCGGUAGUUGAAGAUGUUGAUAAAGAAAAUCAAAAUCCUAACAUUGAGGUUAGGUUCGGACCAGAAGUACCUAAUUUGAUGGCAUUAUCUGGGAAGUGGCAGAGUAGAGGAAUGGGUCUGGGAUCCGGGAGGGUAGGAGAAAGUACGGAGCUGAAGAUGAGGGCAACCUCAGCACCCGGGGGACUGAGAAAUGAAAGUAUUUACGGGCAGCCAUCUUAA